GUACCUGGGGAACCCAGGCUUCCUUCGAAGCUGCGGGUGGCGCGCGCGGCCUUGUGAGAGUCCGGACUACGCUUCCCGUGGUGCUCUGGGCGACUCACCUGAGAGCUGCAGGCUCCACGCGCUUGGCCCGCGGUCGGGUUGAAUUUGUGGAGCCAUGGAGGGAGGCUUCGGCUCCGAUUUCGGAGGCUCCGGCAGCGGGAAACUGGACCCGGGGCUUAUCAUGGAGCAGGUUAAGGUGCAGAUUGCCGUGGCCAACGCGCAGGAGCUGCUGCAGAGGAUGACCGACAAGUGUUUCCGGAAGUGCAUUGGGAAACCAGGGGGCUCUCUGGACAAUUCAGAACAGAAAUGCAUCGCCAUGUGUAUGGACCGAUACAUGGACGCCUGGAACACCGUGUCCCGCGCCUAUAACUCAAGACUGCAACGGGAACGAGCCAACAUGUAACGAGGAGGCGCGGGAGCCUCCCAGGGGUCCGUCCAUCCCGGUCCGUCCCCAACCCCCCAUCCAGCUCCAUAAAUGUACUUUGUGAGGCGAGCACUAGCACGUGCCUGCUGCCCGCCCGUGACGUACGAGAAUGGCAGGACUGUGAGGGGACAGUUGGGACUGUGUCGCCUGCAAUCAGUGCCACUUGGCUUUUGGGGCCCCUGUCCUUUCCCAAAGCCUGGAAGCUGGGUGGACUUCCUGUAGGCCCGGGAGUUGCCACCCUCUCCCCUGGUGAGCCGAGGUCAGCUUCUGGCCUGGGCUGAGAACCCUUAUUUGGCCCUUAGGGUCAGGGGGAGAAACCCCACCUUAGCUGUGGCCUCUUGAAGGUAGAUCAAUAAAUUGCUGAGCCAGGGGCA